GCGGGUGCUCGUUUCGAAAACGAGGCUGUCGCAAGUCUAUUGAAAACAAACUUACACGCUGGACUACCUCAAACAAAAUCCAAGAUGACGAGUCGUGAACGGUGGCCAUGGAUAUAGGGACUUCAGGUCAAGGGCACUAGGGGAGACUAUCAAGAUGGCAUUCCUUGGCAUGAGUGACGAUUUCGAUUUAGAUGAUGAUGGAAUUCUCCGGGACUCUGCAUCAAGCACUGGAGGGUUCCUGAUCGACAAUGAUGGUAUUGUGAGAGAUGACCUUGACCUCUACAAGAACACAGGUAACUGGACUGACUCAGGGUUCGGAGGUGACAAACAGUCAAGCACAUCCACAUUGCGACAAUUACAGACAAGCUUUGAUGAUGACUCAAGAUUAUUUGAUGUUGACCAAAGUGUGAAUAUCAGUGAGCUUGAAGCUUCCAAAGAUGACCUGAGCUUUGAUCGAGAAUCUGUCACCAGUUUUGAUCAUGAUUUUCAAGAUGGAAGCCGAGGCAAUACAUCUGCUGGUAUCAUCAGUAAUAGAAGCUCACUAGAGAAGCCCCAGAGUGGACAACACAAUGAACACAAUCAAAGUGCUACCAAAUCAAACACUGACAAGAGUGAACUGUUCACUGAGGAGUAUUACCAACAGUUGCGUGACCUUGGUGUGUUAGUGGACGGUGCUGAUUUAUCCAAUACCAAAGACUCGGUACAAGAUUUUGAUCAGCUAGAGGCACAUCUGUCCAGGGAAAAUAUAUUCGAUGAAACUGCUCAGACAGACACUAUUGCUGAUUUUUUUAGAAAAGAAAAUGAGAGACAGAUUCAGGAACAGCAGGCAUAUAAGUCGCAGGAGUUCAGGAAUGGGGGAGAGAACAGAUUCCGUCCAAAUUCUGUAGCCUCAGAGCAGACGCUCAGCAGCCAUUCCUUCCCAGAAGUCUCUCCAGAAGAGGCCCUGAUGCUGUAUAAUGUCAACAGAGCUGCAGAUUCAUUUGAUAAUGGGAACUUUGAAUACGGAAAUCAAAGGGUGGUUGAUACAACUGGUUUAUUUCACCGAGACGGCGACACAUCAGGAAUAUUUCACCGUAGCGGAGAUGAUGAUGAGAUCUUCUUCAUCACCAGUCGGAUGGGCACAGAAGCCCAGAUGCCAAACUUCAGUCAGAAUGUGUCCCCUGCUCCAUACUCCCCACACAGCAGUCGGCCCACAAGCCGUGGUAGUGUCUACAGCAGCAGGUCUCAAACUCCUUACAGGGACCUUCAGCAGAGCUCUACAUCACUGACAGAUGUCUCACGCCUCGGAUUUAACCAGAGUUCGGUUGAACAUGAACAACCAGACUCUCCUGUGAAGAAGGAAGAGAGGCCACAACUUCAGACUCGUCCUGAGUCUGCCAACAAUCAAAGCAAGUCACGACCUUCAUCAGUAGCCAGUCACAGAUCAACAGUUUCCGAAGCUCAUUCCUCCAAAACAAACCAAUCCGAUUCUUCCAAACAGCUGUCGAAGGCUCGAUCAGAAGAAAGUUUCUUUGAAGGGAACAAAACUCCCAGAUCAACAAAUGAAAAAAUGCCAAAACGACUCUUACCGAAACCGGUUGAGGAGAACCAAAGCUUCCGGAUGAAGAGCAAGAGCACAACCAACAUCUCAAACCGACAUGGUCCUAUAAAACCCACACACUUGUCCAUGUCUGACUUGUCCCGAUCUGGAGUGGAUGAUGGGCUGGAGGGAGAAGGUGACAGGUCACAAGGAGAGUUGACAGUAAAGCUCAAACAGGAACACUUAAAGCGGAAACAGGCUACAGAGCUGGUUCAACAGCUACAGAAGGACUAUGACAGUCUCUUGUCCAAGUAUGCUAUGGCGGAGCUGACCAUUGAUCAAAUGAGGCUUGGGGCAAAGAUAACACUUCAUUCAGACUCCCCGACACCGAACCAGAUUCAAACUGGGACCUUGACAGUGGCUCAACACCCUCAGGUUCUACAGAUGGGCAGUGCAGCACAUGGGGUGCUCUCAAACUCUCCCGCUCCAGGGGUCGCUGGACACUUCAGCCCUCAACCUGAUAGUCUCAGCUUGCGUGACAACCGAACACCGACCAGUGUCUCGGAGAGUUGGGCAGCAGGACGGUCAGACAGGGGGGUCGGAGGGGAUUCUCGGAGACCGUCAGUGACCGAGUCGGAAGAACGCGGAUUUGUACCCCAGAAUGUCGGAGCUGAGAAGGUGAAGACGGAGUUGCUGCAUCAGGCCAGUGGACUGAAUGAACGGAUUGAGUCCUUCAACUCCCUCCUGGAGCAGAGACAGCUGACCCUUGAGGAGCAGGAGGAGGUGCUUGAGAACAUCCGCACUGACCAUGAGGUCCUCCGUAGACACUACCUCCAAGCAAAGGAGGACUACAACGUACUUCGGCGAUCAGGUGCCUCCCUCAAAGAUGCCAACUUUGACCAAGGCAAGGAACUGGAAGGAGAGCUGUUCCGAUUGGGUAUGAAAUUUGAUGAAAUUCAUGCCAAUGUUGACACAAACUUGAUGGAAAAAGCAGCACUCCGUCAACCGUUCCAAAGCAACAGACUCGCAGACUCAAUGGAGGACAAGGAUGAAGAUGAUGAACAUGCAAUUGACCAACUGAAGAGGAAGAUGCAGGGGACUCUAGCAGGAAGUGAUGUUGUGCCACCCAAAGAGGAUACCGAUUUUGAGAAAAAGUUACAAAGACUUCAUGAUGAGUAUAAUGCGUUAAUGGAUCGGUACCGACGGUUGAAACAGAUGGCCAAAACGCCUGAACGUGACAAGGAGAUUGAUAACUUGGUCAGAAAACUGAAGCAGAUUUGUGAUGAAGCUCCGGACAUGUUCCGUCUUGCUCCAGAGCUGGAAGAAAGAUGGGAGAGGAUGCAGAGACAAGAAUCAAGAAACGCAUCACGUGGGCAGUCUCCGCAGCCGGAAUCAGCAUCCCCUGGGGCCUACUUCCUGUCGGGAGAGGAGGCGAACAGACUACAGCGACAAAAUCAGGGAAGAAGUACGCCAGACUACAGGUCAGAUUCCCAGGACCGACACCAGGAGCCAGGAACCAGGCCUGGUGGCCAGGAAGGAAGUGGAAAUAGAACAAAAUAUGAAAAAAUGAAUGGUUACCAUGGCAACACAUCCAGAGACAGUUUGUCAUCUCGAGAUCGAGCAUCUCCUUCAAUGCCCAGUAGAGGGCGCCUCUCACCAUCCUCACAUGAUCGGCGAUCACCGACACAAGAUGGACGUUCGCGGUCACCUAGGGAUGGCUACUCGCCAGUCAUCAGAGGAGGUCCUCGGGGAUCAGGACGCCCCACCCUCAACAUCUCCAGGGACAGACUGUCGACUGACGGGAGAGAGCUCUCACGGGACGAUCCAAACACAUCACUGCCCCGCCCUAGACGCCACAGUCAUGACUUCAGGGACCACAAGAUGAGGAAGCAUCCUGGUGGUGGCAGCAUGCAUAGUCUGGAUGACAGCGGCAUCUCGGACCAGGAACAGGGGGCACUCGCCAACCUGCCGGGCCCCGGAAAGUUCAAGCAGAUGACGAAGCAGACAGGAGCUGACGAUGUGGACAGUGGAUUUAUAGGAUCGGUGGUUGGGUCAGACGUCACUCGUCCGUUACCUCAGCAGCAGCAGCAGCAACAACAACAGCAGCAGCCACUGAGACUGAGACACCCUGGGGACUCAGGGAGAAGGAACAGGGCGAGUAGUGUUAGAAGUGGUGCUGACACAAGCACAUCGGACACAGGUCAUGGUCGGUCAAGGUCAACUAGAGACAGUGAAAGUGACCGUAGAGAUAGUAGCAUGCAGAAUGAUAGCAUGGAGGUGACGGCCAGUUUCAUGGAUGACCCGACAGAAACAGAGGUCAGUGAAAGUGACAGAGGUCAGAGGUCGCAGAAAAGACAAGGUCGCGAGAAUCGGAAUGUGGGUCAGCAUGACCGGACUUCAGAAGGUUACUCAGGAGAAGAAGACACCGAUGCUACACCAAAACCUUCAACAAGGUUGAAAAUUAGCCAAAAAACAGAAAGCAAGGAAGUCGCAUCACCAGCUAAACCUCAGCGGAAGUCACGCACCCUGGUGUCAGAGGAGGAAGAGGAGGUAACUCCGAGAGCUACACCAACACGAGGGAUGGGAGGAUCUCGAUACGCCUCUUCAUCUGACAUGGAGACACCGAGAAGUGUCCAGGCAAAGACAAGACAGACUGCUCCGCCAAGAUCAGGGGCCACCAGGGCGACACCUGCUGGCAGACAGCUGGAUCGAACAGAAGAACGAACUGUUAAAGGGCGAGAAUCCCUGCUGAAGAGUAAUCUCCAGCAAAGGAAGGAAGAUAGGGCAGUGGGGUCAGAUCGAGAGUGGGACAGAGGUCACGAGUCAGAUGCUACACGUUUGUCGUCUGCAUCAGGGUCUCGUCUACGCGCUCUACAGGAUGAGGUUGAGAGGUUAAAGGAGAGAGUGGAACAGGCUGUGGAAACCCCCCCUCAAGCCCCUCCUCUACCUCCUCAAGGUCAGCCCGAGUACUAUGACCCUUUUGAUGAUCCUUAUGGCUUCAUGAGAAUGCCAAGGAGAAGAGCCAACUCCUUUUCAGGCACCAAUGCACGGGAGUGGGAUGAAUGGUACUGGACACUGCCCAAUCAGCGGAAGAACGAUGGCUCGGACAUUCCUCUUGGCUACGCUGCUGCGGAUGCUUACGCUGAAGCGCCCCCACCACAAGCUGCAGAAUCUCCCGCCAGAAGUCGAUUACGGAGACGCAGAAUGGAAAGGAUGAAGAAAACAGAGCAGGGAAAUAAGCCUGCAAGUGGACCUAUAGAACAUCCUUCUCAACCUUUUGCAGGUCCUGGAAUUGUGCUAGGUGCUCAUCCUGGGUUAGCAACUCAUCCGGGAGUAGCAACUCAUCCUGGGGUGGCAGCUCAUCCUGGGGUGGCAGCUCAUCCUGGAGCUCAUCCAGGUUUGAGGCCAGGAGCUGUGCCAGGAGCUGGGCCUGGAGCUGGGCCUGGAGCUGGGCCUGGAGCUGCCCCCGGAGCUGUAGGUGGGUUUGUCGGGGCACCUACAUCCCCUAGAGAUGGGGAGGGUGUUGGACUUUAUGAAUAUUAUGUCCCUUCCAGGUACAGCACACAGGGGAUGAGACAGCAACUUGCCAGUAAGGGUUAUUUCCGUACUCCCUCUGGUGCCAAAAUCUACGCCAAUCAACAGCCAGGUGCUCCCCAGGUUCCUGGUUACCAUCCAGCUGUUCCCCACGGACACCCCCCGCCUCAAUAUGCCUACUCUAACUAUGGAGAGGGUCAUGUCAGCCGAGGCUACCAGUCCGAUACUGCUGGCAUGCACCCAGGAACAAACCGUCCCUUUUAUACUAUCCGUCGUUCUUCCAAUAGACCAGCAGUGUUUUCUGUGCCAAGGUCAAGGCCAGUUAUGCAAUCCUACUAUGAGGACUAUGAUUCUGUGGAUGGGCGGUCAGGCUAUCAGACUGAUCCUGGAAUCGGGGCUGGUUCCCGGACAUGGAGACAGAGAUCGUAUGUGGUUGAAGCAGCGACCUGUCCUCUCUGUGGAGGCUCAGGAGAACAUACGCAUGCUGAAUAUGAUGAAGGCGACAACUUGCAAUAUCACACCAGGGAAUUCGUCACAGAGAGAUCGAGUAGGCCUCAUAGAAGGUCAAGGUCAGUGUCAAGGUCAGCAUCAAGGUCACAUCACUUUAGCCCGGAGCGGAGUAGCAGUUACUGGAUUCGUGAGUUCAGAGACACUUCCAGUGAUGACACAGAUGAAGAGAUAUAUUCACGGCGAAGAAGGAGCCGAAGUUUAUCACGCACAAGACGGAAAACUAGAAAAUAUAGAAAAGUGCAUGGCUCCUACAGUGACAGGGAUGUUGAUAAGGACGAUUCACUAGAUAUUGAUCUGAACGAGUCUCUGAAUCUGACUGAGGAUAUUCGUGGUCUCACACGGAAGAUGCUACGGUCUAUGCGUUCCGACUUACGCAGUUAUAAGAGGCGGGAUUUUGGCUCUUCAGAGUGGUGAUGCCAACAAGGAAAGCCUCAGUUCCUACAUACUAUGAUACUGAUUGCUCCAGUUUCCUGAAGCCCAACACUUUUACCUCGGACCUCACUAGCAAUUCAAGCACAGUAUAGUUCCAGAACCUGAAGGUCAAAGCCGGAUAAGGGGUGGUCAGGUAGCCUAGUGGUUAAAGUGUUCACUCAUCACGCUGAAGACCUGUGUUUGAUUCCCAUCAUGGAUACAAUGUGUGAAGCCCAUUUCUGGUGUUCCUCGCUGUGAUAUUGCUGGAAUAUUGCUAAAAGCAGCGUAAAACCAUACUCACUCACUCGUUCAAACCCCGAUGCAACUUUAAUGUUGUUCAAAGCAAUUUACAUUGUGUAACUCUCAUGACGGCUGUAGGAUGAAUAUCUAGUGGUUAUGUGGCUGACUGUGUCAUCGUGUCCUGAAGAUGUGGAUCUUUGCUCUUGCUGUCAACCACUGGUUUGCCUGGUCCAGAUUUAAUUAUUUUCAGGCCAUUGUGAUCAUGCUGGAAUAUUGCUGACUGCAGCAAAACAAGAUUCAUUCACUGCACAGAAACAAUAAAUCACUCUGGGGUUGGAGGAGAUCUGAUUACUUGUUUCUGAGGAACCAUUGUAUUGACCUAUCCUGAUAUUCUGCUGAAAUAUUUAAAUAUAUAUAACCUUGGAAACAGGUAUGCAAAAUCUGGAUCUACGGAAAAGGAAGACCAGAUUUUAAUUCAAGCAGGAGUGUGUCUGUUUUGCUUGAUAAAAUAUCUGUGAUUAUCGUAACCGUGGUUACCGAGCUGGACUAGCCUGCACGAAACAGACAUUGAACAAGGUGGAGUUUUAUUUAGAAACUUUUAUACUUCAUAAGAAAAAUGUCCGUCCAUUAUGUUAUGCAAUGCAGUAUAUUUUGUCAAAAUAUAUGUCUCACAUUACACAGCAAUGAAGUCAUCAUGUCAUGAAAUCCAAUAUGGCCGUUUUGUCAACCAUUUUGUAUUCAGGUCUUCCUUUGUGUUGAGAUCAUUUUACCAUAAAUUUUCCAUUUUAGGAUGAAUAUAAGUUAAAAAGGUUGUCAAAAUGUCAUAAGAUAAAGAUCUGGUAAUAUUGUAACUAUUGUACCCUUUUGUGGGUCAUUUAUAGAAUUGAGGACUGUAGCUUUUAAUGCUUGUUUUACAUCGUGUUAUUCCUGUAGAUGGGUGUUGAUGUACUGUAAUCUCAUUUCUUGAGCGAUGUACCACUUUUAUGCAGACAUAUCUUCUUGUAUACAAUAUACAGGCUAGUUUUAUCAUAUUCAUUUAACUAUCCUCAAUUAUCCAGAGUAUUUGAUCUCCAUUCUAUUAAGAUAAAUACCAUGGACCCAUUUUCUUCUUUACAUUUGUUUUCUUCUCGAUUCUUAUGACAUAAUUUUGAAAAUAGCUGUCCAAUCAAAUUGCACUCAUCAGCGAAAGAAAUUUUGUACAAAGUUGCCGUUAAGAGAGAAAUAGAUGGAGCCAUCACUUCCAUAAUGAAGCUAUGGUGGCAAAUAAGUCCAGGGAAUUUAUCAUAAUAGAAUAGAUAUAAUACACUGUAUUAAUGAGGAUGUCCAAUUACUAUACAAAUGUAUUUUGCCCGACUUGUCAGUUCGCUGAUAUUAUGCCAUAGUAUAUGAUGUGUUAUGCUUCUAUCUAGGAAUUGGCUGAUGAAGGGUAGCUUCAGUUAAGCAUCACACUGUAAUUAUAUAAUGGUCAUUUGUUUUUCAUUCAUUGUUAUUCUGAACUGUGAAAACAGGAGUUAGCCAUGUUGUAUUGGUGUAGUAUGUGUAUCCCACUGUUAACAGUUCGGUUGUUGACACGCAAAGUCAGUGGACAUACACUUGGCACACACUGGACAUUAAUACCUGUGCAGCAAUGAACAAAAGCCAGCAUGUUUGCAUUGAGAUUAAAGGCAGACUGUGAUUUUUUUAUAUUUUAAUUAGCAUUAUGCCAUGUUUUGCAAAUAGGGAAACUUCACCUAAGGUUGGCUCACAGGGUGAUUAGAUCCUACCACCAAACUCAGUCCCAAUUCCAUCAUCAGUCCAUCAUCAUGGUAAUCCUGCCUCAACCCAGUCCUUAUUCCUUUCCCAUCCCAGAAUAUAAUCCUGCCCCCACCUGAGUCCUUAUUCCUGGCCUCACCAUAGUCCAUAUUCCUGCCCCAACCCAGUCCUUAUUCCUUUCCCAUCCCAGAAUAUAAUCCUGCCCCCACCUGAGUCCUUAUUCCUGGCCUCACCAUAGUCCAUAUUCCUGCCCCAACCCAGUCCUUAUUCCUUUCCCAUCCCAGAAUAUAAUCCUGCCCACACCUGAGUCCUUAUUCCUGGCCUCACCAUAGUCCAUAUUCCUGCCCCAAUCCAGUCCUUAUUCCUUUCCCAUCCCAGAAUAUAAUCCUGCCCCCACCUGAGUCCUUAUUCCUUAUUCCUGGCCUCACCAUAGUCCAUAUUCCUGCCCCAACCCAGUCCUUAUUCCUUUCCCAUCCCAGAAUAUAAUCCUGCCCCCACCUGAGUCCUUAUUCCAGGCCUCACCAUAGUCCAUAUUCCUGCCCCAACCCAGUCCUUAUUCCUUUCCCAUCCCAGAAUAUAAUCCUGCCCCCAGCUGAGUCCUUAUUCCAGGCCUCACCAUAGUCCAUAUUCCUGCCCCAACCCAGUCCUUAUUCCUUUCCCAACCCAGAAUAUAAUCCUGCCCCCAGCUGAGUCCUUAUUCCUGGCCUCACCAUAGUCCAUAUUCCUGCCCCAACCCAGUCCUUAUUCCUUUCCCAUCCCAGAAUAUAAUCCUGCCCCCACCUGAGUCCUUAUUCCUUAUUCCUGGCCUCACCAUAGUCCAUAUUCCUGCCCCAACCCAGUCCUUAUUCCUUUCCCAUCCCAGAAUAUAAUCCUGCCCCCACCUGAGUCCUUAUUCCUGGCCUCACCAUAGUCCAUAUUCCUGCCCCAACCCAGUCCUUAUUCCUUUCCCAUCCCAGAAUAUAAUCCUGCCCCGACCUGAGUCCUUAUUCCAGGCCUCACCAUAGUCCAUAUUCCUGCCCCAACCCAGUCCUUAUUCCUUUCCCAUCCCAGAAUAUAAUCCUGCCCCCACCUGAGUCCUUAUUCCUGGCCUCACCAUAGUCCAUAUUCCUGCCCCAACCCAGUCCUUAUUCCUUUCCCAUCCCAGAAUAUAAUCCUGCCCCCACCUGAGUCCUUAUUCCUGGCCUCACCAUAGUCCAUAUUCCUGCCCCAACCCAGUCCUUAUUCCUUUCCCAUCCCAGAAUAUAAUCCUGCCCCCACCUGAGUCCUUAUUCCUGGCCUCACCAUAGUCCAUAUUCCUGCCCCAACCCAGUCCUUAUUCCUUUCUCAUCCCAGAAUAUAAUCCUGCCCCCACCUGAGUCCUUAUUCCAGGCCUCACCAUAGUCCAUAUUCCUGCCCCAACCCAGUCCUUAUUCCUUUCCCAUCCCAGAAUAUAAUCCUGCCCCCAGCUGAGUCCUUAUUCCUGGCCUCACCAUAGUCCAUAUUCCUGCCCCAACCCAGUCCUUAUUCCUUUCCCAUCCCAGAAUAUAAUCCUGCCCCCACCUGAGUCCUUAUUCCUUAUUCCUGGCCUCACCAUAGUCCAUAUUCCUGCCCCAACCCAGUCCUUAUUCCUUUCCCAUCCCAGAAUAUAAUCCUGCCCCCAGCUGAGUCCUUAUUCCUGGCCUCACCAUAGUCCAUAUUCCUGCCCCAACCCAGUCCUUAUUCCUUUCCCAUCCCAGAAUAUAAUCCUGCCCCCACCUGAGUCCUUAUUCCAGGCCUCACCAUAGUCCAUAUUCCUGCCCCAACCCAGUCCUUAUUCCUUUCCCAUCCCAGAAUAUAAUCCUGCCCCCAGCUGAGUCCUUAUUCCUGGCCUCACCAUAGUCCAUAUUCCUGCCCCAACCCAGUCCUUAUUCCUUUCCCAUCCCAGAAUAUAAUCCUGCCCCCACCUGAGUCCUUAUUCCUGGCCUCACCAUAGUCCAUAUUCCUGCCCCAACCCAGUCCUUAUUCCUUUCCCAUCCCAGAAUAUAAUCCUGCCCCCACCUGAGUCCUUAUUCCUGGCCUCACCAUAGUCCAUAUUCCUGCCCCAACCCCAUCCUUGUUCCUGACCUCACACAAGUCCUUAUUCCUGGCCUCACCAUAGUCCCUAUUCCUGCCCUUGCCACAAUCCUCAUUCCUGCCCCCAUCCGAGCCCUUACUCCUGUCCCAACCCCAGUCCUAAUUCCUGAAACCCCAGUCCUUAUUCCUGACCCAACCCGAGUCCAUAUUCCUGGCCUCACCAUAGUCCUUAUUCCAGCCCUUUCUUCAUAUUCAAAUGGUUGUCAACUUGCUACCUCUAUCACAUCACUACUAGGCCCUGUCACAGAACAUGCAGGAUGUUAUUAUUAAACACUGCACUUUGUGUACUGUUUUACUUCCAUCCGUCCACCUUACUAUCAAGGUACAAUCAUCACACGUUUAUGUGUGAUUACAGUGUCAAUCUGUACUAUUUUAUUGAUCCAGUAUCAGGAAGUCAUCUCAAAUUUUGAACUGCUUUUUCCAUUACACAACAUGGCAGGAAGCAAUCCGGCUAAUCAAAAUUAAAUACUUUUCAAAUGUAAUUAAGAUGAUAUUUAGUAAAUUAAUCUUGGAGGAGCAAAUCAUUGUUCAGUAAAGUAUUCAUUUGUAUUAACUUACCUAUUCAAAGUAUUUCCUAUCAUACAUUAGGAUAGUCUGCAAAUGCCCCCAUAUAUUUUGAAGACAAACUUCAAACUUCACGAAAUCUGGUGAACAUUAUAUAAAAUAUGUACUUUGAACAUUCUGUGGUAUUUUUUAGCAUUCUGAUGAUUACCAUGGUCAAAGUGACUAAAUUGUCUUAAAUAGGCAUCCAUCCUCGGCAAACUUUUAUGUGCUCUGAGUGCUAAACACACUUAUGUGUUUUAAUUAUUCAAAUGUAUUACGUAUGUCAAGCUACAUUGUGAUAUGAAAGAUAUGCAGCUAUGGCAGAUAACAUUAAACUUACCUAUUUAUAUCAUUUGCAUAUAAAAUGCACAUAUCCAGUAUUAAUCAUUGAAAUGUUUUGGCUGAUUUCAAAUAUUAUUUAUGAUAAUUGUUUUUUUAAUUCAUAUUAUAUUUCAUAUAUCAACUGGGUUUGAAAAUAUAAAUUUACUUUUUGAAUUUUAGAUUUAGAUACCUUUUGUAUCUAAAAAACUUUUAUAAAUGUGAUAAACAGUUAGGCAUACCAAUAACUGGUUUUAGAACAGAACAUUAAUGUUGUGUACUUAUUAAUGUUUUAUUGAGUUUCUUAUUUUUAAUAUGUAUGACACACAUAUAUUCAUAAUAUGUACCAAAAUAUCCGUCCUUGAAGCUGACAACAUGUAUUUUAUUAUAUUUCAUGUAAAUGCUUCGUAUAGUGUGAUUUCAAAGUCAUUUACAUUUUACAUUUACAAGUCAGUGUCUGGUAUUUCCUGGAAUGAUGCAUUACUUAUGGUAAUACUAAGUGUAAACAUAUGUUGUCUCACUAGGCCAGAUUAUUUGUUUUCCUGGUUGUCCAUCUUUGUAAUAGACAGUGGACGAGUGACAGUACUUUGUCGGGAUAUAAAGGUACAGUCUGGAGAACAAAGGGUGUGUCAUCUUUGUAAUAGACAGUGGACGAGUUAAAGGGAUAAUGACAGUACUUUGUUUGGAUAUAAAGGUACAGUCUGGAGGACAAAGGGUUUGUCAUCUUUGUAAUAGACAGUGGACGAGUUAAAGGGUGAAUGACAGUACUUUGUUUGGAUAUAAAGGUACAGUCUGGAGGACAAAGGGUUUGUCAUCUUUGUAAUAGACAGUGGACGAGUGAAAGGGUGAAUGACAGUACUUUGUUUGGAUAUAAAGGUACAGUCUGGAGGACAAAGGGUUUGUCAUCUUUGUAAUAGACAGUGGACGAGUUAAAGGGUGAGUGACAGUAUUUUGUUGGGAUAUAAAGGUACAGUCUGGAGAACAAAGGGUGUGGUGAUACAGAGUCCUAUUGUUCUUCCAACUGUUCCUUUUAACCCUGAUAAUGUACUGGCAAGAUUCCACUGUCUUAGAGCACAGUGAAAUACUCCAUGGUAUAAUCCCUUAUAUUAAGAGUCCCUAUGGCACAGGUGCACUCCUAAUGGUACAGUCAGAUUGUGCCAUGAGGGCAUGCACAGAAAUGUUGUGAUGAUGUAUAUAAUGUGGAUCAUGUUGUAAAUGUUUUUUUGCAAAACUUAAUACGGACAAAUUUGUAAAAUGAACAUGCGUAAGACACAGUGUGGUUAAUAUAGUAAUCCUGGGGAUUAUGAAAUAGAUAAGGAUGCUAUCAGUCUCGAACCCUUUGACAAAAAGACCUGUAAAAGUAACAACCCCUAAUCAUUAUCAUGAUAGAAGAUGGAAACCAAGGACAUUGUCUGGCCUUAACCUGUAAUAGUUGACCACUGAUUUCUAUAUAUACUUGAUAUAUAACUGUAUACCUAACUGUGUCCAUCAAGUCUACAUGUACCACAGUUUACGUGUAAGUGAUUCUGUCAACAUGUACAAUGACCUACAUAUGUGUGAUUCUGCCAACAUGUAUCACAAUUUGUAGACAUAUGUAUGAUUCUGUCAACAUGUACAAUGACUUACAUAUGUGUGAUUCUAUCAACAUGUACAAUGACCUACAUAUGUGUGAUUCUAUCAACAUGUACAAUGACCUACAUAUGUGUGAUUCUGUCAACAUGAACAGUGACUUACAUAUGUGUCAUUUUGUCAACAUGUACAAUGACUUACAUAUGUGUGAUUCUGUCAACAUGUACAAUGACUUACACAUGUGUAAUUCUGUCAACAUGUACCACGGCUUACAUGUGUGAUUAUGUCAGUGUAGAAAUUAGAUAUUCUGACAGUGCUCUAAAUUUGAUGUACAAUAAACAAAUAGAUUUAUUAAAAUAAAGAUUACAUCAUACAACCUGAA